AUGACGAUCUAUCUCAUGGGUCCUUCAAUGCACCUCCACCCUAUGAAGAUCUGGCUCAAAGGAGACAAGGAUGAUAUACUGAAUCAACUACGCCGCGAGCGGCGUCUGCCAAGCUCCCAUGCUGUUGGCUUCGAAGUCCUCUACCCUAGCUUCGGAUGGCUGCCGCUCGCCUCACGUCAAAAGCUUUGUGAUGCGGGGGUUGGUGAUGGUGCUGUUCUGCACAUACGGUCCGUCCUUCGAGGCGGUGCAAGGGGUAAAAGCAGCAGUUUGCUCGAUAAGCAGCCCACCGUGUCCGCCUCUUCUGUGUACAAGCAUCGCUGUCCACGCUGCGGCGAAGCACACGAAACUCCGCAGGCACUAGGGCGCCAUCUGAAGAAAUGCACCGGCAUACCCAGGCGCAAGGGAACCCCGCACACCAAGGCGAAGACUGCUGCAGGGAAACUGCGCCGCACAGGCGAUGGAGAUGUUGUAGAUGAGAGGGGCAUGCAAGAAGGAUCUUCGCGCGAUGCUGACGAAGAAUCUCGUCGUCGCAGAGUUCCGACAUCUGCUGACAACGCUACUGCUUCUACUCGCGAGAUGCCGCCACCUCCACCUCCACCACCGCCUCCUUCACCCCCUCCACACAGACCGCCCGCUCCCGAGCCUGAACGUAUACUCGAGCCCACGCGAUCCGGCCGACAACGCAAAUUCCCUGCGAAAUACAACGAUUUUCUACCAACAGAGCGCAUCGACACCGUCUUCCCUGCCCACCUCGCACAACCCGCUUCUCCUUCGCCUGCUCUAACGCCUCGGGCAACAGCACCACCCACCCCUUCCCCUUCGUCGCCACCGCCAUUGUCUGUACAUCCUACGCGACAGUCUGUACCUCGUAACGCUUACGAAGAGGAACUGGAGAGGGAAUAUCAGGGGCACCUAGCCAGCGGGACACCACCAAGCGAGCAUAUCGCCAAGUACGCCGAGUACAAGAGAACCGGAUGGUUCAGCUGCGAUGCCGACACAUUCGGUGUUCGCCGCGACUAUCCACAGAUUCCGAGCUAUAUUCCAGACGAAGAGAUUGGCUCCGAGGACGCAUGCGAUGGCGCUGGACUUCCGAAACCCACCGUGGAUAAGUCCUCUGCCUUCCUCAACGAUCACUCCGCCGGCGGCACUUUUGCACCUUUCCAAAACGCGACGAUCUUCCGCCUCAUGAAGUGGUUCUACAGCGCUCGAGGCGGUCUCUCGAUCCAGCUCCUCAACAACCUCAUUCACGAUGUCAUUCUACAGCCUGACUUUUGCGUAAGCGAUCUCGCUCAAUUCAGCGCAGAGAAGGAGCUUGAACGCAUGGACAAGCACGAAAUCAACCCGCAGAUCAAGGACGGCUGGCAGCGCGAGGCCGUUAAGCUCAAGAUGUCAUGCGAGAAGACGAGACAUGAGAGCGAGGACGACGCCCCAACGCUUGAAGUCCCGGGCAUCCUCUACCGACCACUCCUCAGCGUCAUACGGAACGCCUUCACGCUCCCUUCCGCCAAAUCAUUCCACUUCUUUCCCUUCCGCUCUGUUCAUGAGUCUGGCUCCGACGGCACAUCUACUCGACUUCACGGCGAAUGCUAUACCUCUAAGGCGAUGCUCGACGAACAUGAGAAGGUUCAGUCUAUCCCUUUCGAGGAGAGCACACCACCGAAUUUGCGCUCGAUAGAGUCCAUCAUUGCCGCUAUCUUUCUCUACUCUGACGCCACUGCUCUCGCGCAAUUCGGGAGCGCAUCACUGUGGCCUAUAUAUCUCUGGUUCGGCAACCAAUCGAAGUACGCCCGCGCGAAACUAUCCUCAUUCGCAGCGCACCAUCUCGCGUAUAUGCCCACGUUGCCCGACGACUGGCAGGACACAUACUACGAAGCGUUUGGCAGGAAUCCAUCAGCUGCGACCGCCACCUUUCUCAAGCGCGAGCUCAUCCAUGCCAUCUGGGACCUGCUUCUUGACGAGGAGUUUAUGCACGCGUACGAGCACGGCAUAAUUCUCGAGUGUCUGGAUGGCAUAUUUCGUCGUAUAUUUCCGCGAUUCUUCGCAUACUCGGCGGAUUAUCCUGAAAAAGUACUCCUUGCAUCUAUCAAAUCCCUCGCGCUCUGCGGCUGUCACCGGUGCAAAACGGCGAAGGCGAAGUUUGAAGAGAUGGGCACAUCCCGCGACAAGAAGCGGCGAGAGGAGGGCGCGCGCACGGACACCACCGAGCGCCAGGACCAGGUAGAGGAAGCUCGUGGGGUCAUAUUUCAGGACGGUGCGAGCGUCAAUAGUAAGGCUGUUGAGAAGAUUAUGGGUGAUGUAUGCGAGACGCCGCAACGUAAUACGUUCUCAUGGAAGUUCCUGAGCACGGGGAUGAACUACUUCUCCCUCUUCGUUGUGGAUCUCAUGCACGAAUUUGAGCUUGGUGUAUGGAAGGCCACGUUUAUACACCUGCUUCGCCUGCUUCAAGCGCAUGGGCAUGGUGCUGUGGAGGAGCUCAAUCGCCGGUAUCGUAAGGUUCCUGCGUUUGGUCGUGAUACAAUACGAAAAAUCAAGAAGAAUGUGUCGGAACUGAAGCAGGUUGCAGCUCGCGACUACGAGGAUUAUCUACAGUGUGCUAUCCCUGUCUUUGAAUGCCUCCUGCCUAGCGGCGCCAACGGCAUUGUCCUCGAUCUGCUGUUUAUCCUUGCGGUCUGGCACGCUCAGGCGAAGCUACGGAUGCACACAGACGUCACGCUUGACGAGAUGGAAACCAACACGAGCCUCUUGGGCAAGCUUAUGCGCCGCUUCAAGGAUCAGGUCUGUAGUAUGUUCAGGACGAAGGAGCUGCCUCGAGAGACCGCUGCGCGUGGUCGACGAGCUACUGCAGCGUCGAAGAAAAGCAAGGGCAAGCAGAAGGCGACCACCGACGUCCCCAAUAGCGCGACACUCGACAAGGGACCACAGUACAAGGAGUUCAACAUGAACACAUUCAAGUACCACUCAAUGCCUUACUACGUCCCCGACAUACGUCGCCUCGGUACCACUGAUAAUUACAGCACUCAGACGGGAGAGAUGGAGCAUCGUCGCGUGAAGAGAUUUGCAAGUCGCACCAGCAAGAAGGACUACGCCUCCGGUAUCUCAAAGCACGUUCAGCGCGAGGGGCUGAUACAACGGCUACGUUCGUCUUUAACAUCCGUCUUCACGCGGCAGCGAGAUGGAAAGCGACUGGACAGUGAUCCGCUCCCGCGCUCGUCACCAACUGUUCAUCACGAUAUGGCGACAUCUCAGAGGAACUGGGUGAAUAUCUACGACUUCGAAUACCAAGAUGCGCGCGGAGACCCUGCCGCCAAGGAUUUCUCUGAGCGAUUGAGGACGCACCUCCUCCACCGUCUGGGCAAGCAGCCGGAAACCGGCGACUCAUUCUCGGACAAGGAGCACGGUAUGCUCAACAUCAUCAAGAACCGCCUCUACAUUCACAAGUGCCUCCGAAUUAACUACACAACUUACGAUAUUCGACGCGACCAGGACGUGAUCAACCCGUCUUUCCAUUCCGACAUCCAUGUUCUUGCUCGCGACGACGACGAUCACCCAUUCUGGUAUGCCCGUGUUCUCGGGAUCUUCCACGUCAACAUCAUCGACCGGUUCUCCUCCUCGCGCGAGGCUGUUGCUAUCCCCAUUCUUUGGGUGCGAUGGUACAACUUCGACAAGGCUUACCGCAGCGGAUGGGCAGAGAGGCGACUUCACCGCAUUGGCUUUGUGCCCGGAGACGGACCCGACGCUUUCAACUUUAUUAAUCCUGCGGACAUCGUGCGCGCCUCCCACCUGAUCCCCGCCUUCGCACUCGGUCUUACAAGAGAGCUCUUGCCGCCGUCAUCUCUCGCCCGCCCUGGCUGUGAUGAUACCGAGGACGCAGACUAUGCACGCUACUACGUGAACAUGUUCUCCGAUCGCGACAUGUUCAUGCGGUAUCGUGGCGGCGGCAUCGGACACAAAGGUAUCGCGGAAGCGACCCGAAUAUUCCUUGAAGACCGCGAAGUCUAUGCCGACUCUGAAGAUGAAGAAGGCACUAUUGAAGACGAGGUUAUGACUGACGUCCCAACGACAGAAGUCCGGGACGAUUAUCAGCCGGAGGAUAUGCAGCAGCCAGCUCCAGAAGCACCGUCGGACGAGUUUGAUGACGAAUUUUGGGACUCUGAUGCCGAAGAAGAUGGACAGCCUACUGGGCACCAGUCAGCCGCUGAAGAGGCACUCGACCUUGGAGAUGGUAUAGAGGAAGACUCGGAUCUUGAGGAAGGGUACGGUGCCCUCUAA